CAUUGAUCCACUCUCAUAUCUCCUCCUCACCUCAAAAGUGAAUUGCAAACCCUGCAGAGUCCAUCAAUUACCUCCAUAAUGCCAAGCUACCUCCAAGCCAACCCAAUGCAUACAUAAAGGGCACCAAGACUCGAAUCCAUCCCCCAUUUCUCUCACCACUCCCUCACUCCUCUCUCCAAACUCAUCCACUCUCACAUUCACACUCCUCUCAAAUGUCCUCCCUAACAUACACCAACGACCCCGGCGCCGGCCAAAAACACAGCGACCUCUGCCACUACUCCCAAGCCGUGCACCUUCCCGGCAACAUCGUCAAAUGCGCCGGCCAAGGCGGCUGGACCAGCACCGGCGAGCUGGAUGCCAACGACGUCCAGGGCCAGGUUCUUCGCGCCUUUGAGAACGUCGAUCGUGUGCUGCAGGCUGCGGGGCUGAGAGGCUGGGAGGACGUUUAUCUUGUUCGCUCGUAUCAUGUCGAUAUGGGCGCCUCGUAUGAUUUUGUUGUGGAGGGUCUGAAGAGGAGGAUUCCGGGGCAUAGGCCGGUUUGGACGGCGGUUGCGGUGCCGAGGUUAGCGUUUUUGCCCAUGAUGAUUGAGAUUGAGGUGGAGGCUUUGAGGGGGUGAUUUUGUGUGUGUGUGUGUGUGUGUGUGUGUGUGUGUGUGUGUG